AGAUAGAUAGAUAAGCAAGCCUGUUAGUGUAUGACUUGGGAGCAUAAUUAAUUUGAGGUGUUCCCUGCUGAGAGGUGAACAGAGGCUUAAGUGAAGGUCAGUCAGCCCUGGGCUGGUGGGGAAUAACACGCCAGUCCAGAAAUCAUUCUGCCUGGAAAUUACUGACCAAACAGAGAAGUCAGAAAUAACUCUAAAGGAAGUGAGAAACUGGAAGAUUUAUUUGUGCUUUAUGAACAUUACACCCAGGGAUUGUCCCCAAAAAUUAUCUAAAUUUCCAAGCGGGACUAGAAAGCCUGGCUGGCGUGGGCCGGCCGGAAGCUGCACGCCUCCGCGAGCUGGGCCACCAGGGGGCGCCAGGCAAGCGGUGGCCAGAGCUGCGCGGUGACCAGAGCUGCGCGAUGGCUGCCGCACGGUUGCUGUUGCGCCUCGCCGGGCGCCUGGAGUCAGUGAGCUUCACACAGAGCGUGUGUGGACUCCUGGGUGCGGGGCAGAGACCCGGGCCGUGGCACACGCAUUGCAGCUUGGAGCGAGGACAGCUUGUCCUCUCUAGCAAUCCAUUCCCCGGCGCUUCGGAGAGGCUUCCAAUCCAGCCUGAGGUCUCCAAGACAGAGCCGCUCACAAAUAGAGGUGUGGAUCUGGGUGUGGCGGUCAUUCUUCAGUCCAGUGACCAGACUGUACUGUUGACCCGAAGGACAUGCACUCUCCGCAUUUCCCCCAAUCUGUGGGUCCCUCCAGACUUCCUCUGCCCACUGGAGAAUGGGGUCCCUGGUGGAAGACAACAACCGUUCACAUUGGGCCCACUCCUCUUGCAGAUACUGGAGUGUGGAUUUCGAGAGCUCUGGGAAGAGUGUGGACUACAGCUGCCCAAGAACCAGUUUUCUUGUGUCCUUCUGGGGUUAUGGGAGUCUGCCUACCCUCCUAGGCUGAGCUGGGGCUUCCCCAAAUACCAUCACCUCAUUCUCUACGUACUCGUGAUCUCCCAGGAGUCCCAGGAGCAGCUCCAGGCCAGGAUCCAAGUAAACCCAAAUGAGGUGAAUGCUUUUAUGUGGCUGGGACCAGAUGUAGCGGCAGCUGUGGUUGCCACAGAGGAUGGGACAAGGACACCCGGACUUUUCUCCCAGGACCUACCACUCUCUGUCUGUGCAACCGAACUGAAGGACGAUGGAGGAACCCAACCUCUGGUCCUGCCCAUGCCCACACUCAUGCGGACAACCCCAACCACAGCAGAGGAGGACAAAGAGAGGAUCGGCGCUGGAACCAAGUUUGCCCUCCAGCUCUGGUUGCAACAUCUGGGCAGAUGAGGUAAAAGUGACGUCCACACAGACCACAGACCAGCAAAGGAAGCCUGUCAACCCAAGACCUGGGAUGUCCUUCGAGAUGGAAGGAGAGGCCCUACUCCAUAAAGCUGCCCUCUGACUUCCACGUGCAAAACCAUGGUGCACGUGCCCGCAUACACAGUAAUAAACACUUUAAAUGUU